CUUAUAUAUACAUAUACAUAUAUAAUAUAGUGAUGGGUUUCUCUGUGGUUGUGUUUUUGGCUUUGCAUUGCCUUUGUAUAUUUGCGCCCUUCCACUUCAAUUGGCCUGCAUUUUGGGUGGCCAUCACUUUGUACGUUGCGACGGGUUUAGGAAUCACACUGAGUUACCAUAGAAGUCUUGCACACAGAAGUUUGAGGCUUCCAAAAUGGCUCGAGUACUUCUUCGCCUAUUGUGGCGUUUUAUCACUUCAGGGUAGCCCGAUUGAAUGGGUGAGUACCCACCGGUAUCAUCAUCAGUUUACUGACACAAAGAAGGACCCUCACAGCCCUAUCCAGAGUUUAUGGUUUAGUCACAUGGGUUGGAUGCUUGAUGGCCGUCGUCGUCAGCUUGAAAAAGAGCUUGGCGGACUGAAGAACGUUGAAGAUUUAAGGAAACAACCCUUCUAUGAGUUUCUUCUUCGUACUAACCUUCUACAUUCAAUUGCUCUUGGAGGUGUACUAUAUGCUGUGGGUGGAUUUCCCUUCUUGGUUUGGGGAGUGGGGGUGAGGACAACAUUUUUACACCACGCCACUUUUCUAGUAAAUUCAGUUGGCCACAUGUGGGGAAACAAAGCAUGGAACACCGGUGAUAUGUCCACGAACAAUUGGUGGCUGGCAAUUAUUGUGUUUGGAGAAGGCUGGCAUAACAACCACCAUGCUUUUGAAUACUCAGCUCGACAUGGGCUGAAAUGGUGGCAAAUUGAUUUUACUUGGUACACAAUAAGAUUUCUUCAAGCUAUUGGACUGGCAACAGAUGUCAAGGUCCCGACUGAAAUUCAAAAGCAACGAAAAGCUACAAAUGGUAGAAUCAUGGCUGCUCUAAAUUAGGCAUUGAUUAAGAUUUAUUCUGCUAUGUAUGUCAUGGAUAACUAGCUUCAAAUCCUGUAUACAUUUGUCUAGUAUUUCUUUGGCUUCUAAAAUAAUCACUUAUAUUCGCACUACAGAAUAA